AUGAGCCUCGUGUCUCAGCGCUUUCACAAAUUGGUCACCACACCUCAUGCAUGGCGCAUUGCAUUUGCGAGGUACUUCCCUGGGCAAGAAGCGUUGGGCGCUGGGCCAGGCAAGGCUUCACAAGAGUCGGUGUCUGAUGUUGACAGAGCACAGCGCAGGUCAUUCGCGCGGUUAUCAGCCCUUUCCUCAUGGAGAAGCGAAUAUAUCCUUCGAACACGACUGCUGCGCUCUUUGGGCCGCGGCCGGCCUGCAAUCGAGGCAAUCUCUCGCUCUGGUGCAUCUCGCCAUGCUAGUAGUGCGGCCGCUGCUGCGGUCACCACUUACGCUUCCGGCUUGUAUUAUCCCGUCAGCCAUCUGCACGCUACGUUUGGGGUCGGCCUCAACAAGAAACAGCCCCUGUUCAUGCAUGGAGCAGUUGAGCAAGGGGGUGUCACUGUGAGCGACCCGGCCAGUGGUAAACCUGGCUCUUGGGGUCUAACAGAUUUCGAUGCUUUCAAACACUUUGCGGAUCAGUUCCCGGGCGAACUGCCGUAUGGCCUCGGCUCUGGGAAUAUGGUUGGGAUGGCAAAUGUCAUGGAUCUCAGUCAACCUUAUGGUAAGGUAUAUGGAGAGGCUUGUCCCGGAGGACGUGUCUUCUACACUUCGACCAGCGAGCAACGGGGUCGGUUCGUAUCCAUGUCCUCGACGGCCAACCUUGCGCUCGGAAUCCCUGAGACGACUAUGAUCGGUUGUGCUGUUUGCUCGGUCUGGAUCGCAAAGUCCGAGUCGGUUCUCAAGGCUACUAGUGGUAUAUUUGGUUUCCUUGCAGGAUUCUCGAACGGUGUUUUGGCAGCCUAUGCCCUUGGUGUCAACCCCGUCCAAGAUCGCCGGUACGACAAAGGGGAACUCACUGCUAAAUGGGUUCUUUGCCCAGGUGUGCCAAUCAUUGCAAUUUGUGUCGAUGAGAGGGUAUCCACUCGAAGAUUGUCUGCAGGUCGAAUCUGGGCUACCGUCUUGAACGCUCUCGGAGAGGUCUUUUACCUCACUGACGCCCCUAUCAGACCAGAUUUUGUCGGCAAAGCGUCACCCGAUGAGCUCGAUCGCCUUGCCUGGAAAACGGGGAGAUGUGUACAGUGGUCGCUGGUCGAGGCUACGCGACGAACAGCGAAACCAGACCCCUUUGGCACGGCAAAGGUCGAUGGCAGUUAUAGUCCAAACAUCUCGAGCGAUGCAUGCGGCUUAAGCAAAGACCAGAUUAUCGCUGAAACGAAAGAGGUCGAAGGAUUUCUGCGGCACAAACCAAAGCAUUUCCAGAAUGUCUGUACCGGGUGGGAUAUGCAGCGAAGAUUGAUCGCUGAUUUUGCGGGCGACGAUGGCCACAAUAAAGGGGAAUCCAUCUUCGUCGUAGAUUGCGGUUUGUACGGGAACAAUGUGGCUUCGGUGCGCCGUUUUACUAGGUGCAUGACGAAGAACACCGUUGACUCGGAGCUGGACAGCUGGCCAACCCUCCAAUCGGCCAUGAAGCAGCCCUCGAUCUUUGGUACGGGAAGUCCAACCCAGCAGUCUCCAUAUUCCUCCCCAGCGCCGAGAAGUGUCCCGCGAUCGCGGACUUCUAGUCAAGACGACGGUGCGGGCUCGAGAACGAGAGAGGUUUGGCACAUUUCAACCUUCUCGUUUGCUGAACAUCGAAACAUCCACAUCUCGGCUUUGGCUUCUGACGAGUCAGAGUUCGCCACUCUGAACGUCAAUGAGGAUCCCUUACUCGGAAUGUCUGGUGGCUCCAACACUUCCUCGCCUCUUGCAUCCCCUCUUGGCCACACGGGAACGUUAAGCUCGACCUCGGAGAUCCCUGGCCAUCGUUCACGGCUUUUUGGAAUCGGUACGACGUCAGGCAUCGUCAUGCUUUGGGACAUGCGCGCUAGCCUGUCUCCCAGCCCUGAAGUUGUCAACGCCGUCUCGCCGGUCAGGGUUAUUUACACAAAGUCUCCUCAAAUUGCAUCACUUGCCCUCACUUCAUUGUACGUUGUGCACGGAGGAAAUGAAGGUCUGGUUCAAGCAUGGGAUGUGCUGGCGUCCACAACUGAACCAGUCAGGACACUAAACUCUCGGUUCUCGGACCGGGCAAGACGUCGUAUCGCUCAAGCCGAAGCUUCUGUGCAAGGCGUGGGAAACAAUUACUACGCUGCAGGCGCAAUCGUCUUGGACCCUGAUCCAACAGUCUUGCGGGGCAUGGUUUCUUUGGGCUCUUAUGUCCGAUACUGGUCUUACAGUUCCACUGCCGCCGAUGCGUAUAAGACGCGCAAGAGGGGCCAACUUCGUCGGCGGUCGGAGCGAGGCAGUAAUUCUACACCAGCCGGCCAAAAGGUCAGCGCAACCGGACGCGGAUUGAUCAAGGAUUACAUCAGCAACGAGAGGCAUGAAAUGGAGCGAGAGAAACUCGCAAGGCAGAAAGAGCAUGAACGACUGAGCGGCAGAUUUGGCACUGAUAUUCUGGGCGAAGGCGCGAGUGAGGAGGAGCUGCUGGCCUAUGCCACCAUGCUCAGCGAGGAGGCAUUUUCCAGUGAGGAGAGGAAGAGGAAGCAAAACUACGGCGGCGGUUCGAUGGCCUCACCCAGUGCAUCUCAGAGCGGCGCGGACCAUGCGGCCGAUGCCGAACUGGAGGAAGCCAUCCGUCUAAGCCUGUUGGAAAACGAACAGGUGUCGUCUUCUCCAACAAGGAGCGCCAGUGACUUCGACGUUCCCAUUAGGUAUGCAAAGAGCUCAAGACAUGGCACGCCCUUGAGAAGUGCGAAGGCCGGGAGCAGCAAAGCACAAGCAACGGCACAAGAGGAGGAUGACGUGGAGUUUGCAUUGCAGUUGAGUCUCGCUGAGGAACAAAGCCGUAUGGCCAGGGACGAAGACUUUCCAAUGCUUUCCAAAUCCAGUAGUGGUGGAUCUGAGGGAAGUGGGAAGGGGAAAGGAAAGUCCAGACGGCGUUGA